AUGAAAAGGGCAUUCGUCCAGAGAAGUAAACUGAUCAUAACUGUACUUCCCACACAGCUUCUACAAGCUACUACCUUGACCAAGCCCACAUCCUUCACCAUUCAAACAGAUCAUCACUACUCUCCAAAUCUUCACUCCACAGUUGCCACGUCGAUCCCAAUUAGGAAGAGUACGGGUACUGCCGCUGCAGGACUGGCUCAACCCCCUCCAUCAUUCAACUGGGCAGACACGUCCACUAUAGAUUUCGGUUUCAGUUCCCCUUCCUCGCUCGCCUCUGUCACUCUCGUUCCUGUCACAGCAGCCACGAAGGUCAAAGACACGACUUGCCCACAGUGCUGGAGUAUGAAGAAACAGUAUCAGGAACACGGCCGCAAGAGAGAUGACGCGAAAGAAGCCAAAGUCGAGAAGAUGAAAAAACAGCUCGACGACCAGACAUUGAUGAGCCAAAACGUUCUUGAUGGACAGAGAGAUAGCCUUAACGCUGUAAUCAAAGCUAAGACCGACGCACUCGCGGACUUGCAGAAGGGGCUCGACGAAGCUGAGGUAAAAGUCAACCAAUUGGCGAGUGAGACUGAAGAGGUAGAAGCAGAUCAUGAAGAGGACGUCAGUGACACCAUUGUAGCCUGUGAGCAGGAUGAGAUUAAGUACAAAGAUGAGACUUCAACACUGAAGUGUCAGCUGGAAAACACCCCGACCACCAAUGACAAUCUAUUUGUACAGCAGGUCGAAGCUGGUAUGAAUGUCCUAGAGUCCAUGUUACCACAGUACAAGAAAGAGGCCUCCACGUUCAUUCCUAAUUUAGUUCAAGAGCUGCGCAACAUGAAGAGAUGUCAGAAUUAUGCCAAGCGGACCACCAAAGAUGUAAUUGGAGUGCUUCAUUGGCUUAGUAACGCUGUCGAAGCGGAAAUCUGUAUCGAGGCCUCUGCUCAAAUCCUCCUAGACCUCAGCAAUGACCGACAGUUGUUGAAGAGAGAGCACGCUGGGCUUUUGAGACAAGUCACCGAUGCUGUGACUGUUGCAGACUUGGAAUGUUCCCAGGACCAGGUCAUUCCCAAUCUCGUCCGUAUGGCGGCUGAUCUCAAUGGUCGACCCAGGAAGGCCGAAAUUGUUUCGAACAAGAUGGUAAAUGACCAUGCGGAGGAAGUUCGGAGCUUGAAAGGUCAAGUGGAUGAUGAGAAGAAGACUGCAUCAGACAACGGAAGUGAGGCUCUUUGACUCAAGGAAGAGAUCAAGAGUUUUAAGGAGAAGGCAGAAAAGAGAGAAGUAGCCAUCGCAAAGCUCAACGAUAAGAUUGAACCGAUGGGCAAAGAGUUGAAGGAGGAGAGGGAGAAGGUUAGACAACUCGAGUCUCAGAGUACCGGCCUUGAGCGAGUUGCAAAGCUCGAGGGAUUAUCAAGGGCUUCACGGAUGCCGCUGAUAAGCAUAACGGAUAAUUUUCGAAGCUCAACGAAAC